AUGGCAUGUGUACCACCGUCGGGUUCUUCGCCCGACGCUAGUCCAAGCACUAGCACGGCUCCAAGUACUAGUACGGCCCCAAGUACUAGCACCGUUCCAAGAACUGACAUUUGUCCCAGUCCAAGUACUACAGACAUUCCAAUGAGGGAAAUAAAAUUAUCCACACCGGGUAAAAAGCGUAAACAAUCAGUGAAAAAAAUUGUCGUGGAUGAUUUUGAUAUUUGCGCAAUACGCAAUAUCAUCAACAGCUUUUAUACUGAAUACUGGGAAAAAGAUGGCCUGGUUGACGACGUACUGCAGCAACUUGUAAUGGAUUUUGGAGGAGAGGAGUCAUCCGACAGCGAGAUCGAAAGUUAA